UUCAUUUUCUUCUUUCAAAAUCGGCCGAUUUUUCAUCUUGAUUCAAACACAUAAUAAUUUGUGCUCUAAUAAUCUCUUCUGAAAAUGGCGAUGUGGGUAUUCGGGUACGGGUCACUGAUAUGGAAAGCGGGCUUCAAUUACGAUGAACGCCUCGUCGGUUUCAUCAAAGACUACCGCCGUGUCUUCUUCCAAGGAAGCACCGAUCACAGAGGAACUCCACAAUUUCCAGGCAGAACUGUCACUAUUGAGCCUGCAAAGGGGGAAUUAUGUUGGGGUGCUGCUUACAAAAUUACUCGCAACGAAGAUCAAAUCACUGCUUUGGAGCAUCUUGAAGUCAGGGAGAAGCAGUACGACAAGAAGGCUUACGUUGAUUUUUUCACCGAUCUUACUGAUUCAACACCUGUUAUUUCCAAUGUUAUGGUAUACAUAGCAUCUGCAGACAAGAACCUCAACAACAACUAUUUAGGACCUGCCUCACUUGAAGAAAUUGCCAUCCAAAUAGUUAGGGCAGAAGGCCCCUCGGGACCAAACAGAGAGUACCUCUUCAAACUAGAAAGUGCGCUUAACCAAAUAGGAUGUGAAGACAAACAUGUCACUGAUCUGGCAAACGAAGUGAGGCGCAUACUCUUAUUGCAAGGAGAAUUCAUUGUAUAAUGGUGUAUUUUAGCAGACCUUGAAUUCAUGCCUUUGAACUUAUUAGAACUUUACAUUCUUGAUUCUUGUACUAAUAUUGAGAUACUGAGAUGUAACAUAAAUGAUUCUUAACAAGUUCUUUGUUUACAGCA